ACGGGGUACCUGAAUUCCGGGGACAAACAUUUCUACUUUGCUUACUUCGAAUCACGCUCGAAACCAAAAGAUGAUCCCCUUGUCCUUUGGCUCAAUGGAGGACCUGGAUGUUCGAGCAUGACAGGUCUUUUCAUGGAAUUGGGCCCGUGCACGGUGAACGAAGACGGCGAGUCAGCUCGAGAGAAUCCCCACAGUUGGAUCAGCGCUGCCAAUGUUUUCUUUCUAGAUCAGCCAAUUGGUGUAGGAUUUUCUUACCAUACCAAUGAUUCGUAUCAUGGUGGAAAAGGUGGCACUUUUGCAGCCAGCGAGGACAUCUACGCCUUCAUGAGACUGUGGUACAAGGCGUUUCCAGAGUCGAGGUCACUGCCAUUCUCCAUUGCCGGAGAGUCUUACGGAGGUCAGCACUCUCCGCCUGUAACCCGACUUUUGCUAACAAACUAG